AUGAUCAGUUCAAUCUUUCAAGCGCCGCGACGGCUAUCGUCACUAUCACGAAUCGCCAUCUUAGGACUAAUUACCGUUUCCGGUAUCCUCAUCAUCCUCAACCUGACAGAAGUGCCGCUACCAACGCUCCCAAAAAUCACUCUUCACUAUGCCAAUCAAUCCAUAUACAACGAGUCCAAAGUCGCUCUCCUCAUCGAAAACAGACCGCAGCCCAUCAUCGCCCCUCUGAUCCUCAAAUUCAUGUACCAGAUGCCGCCAGACUGGAAGUUCCGCUUCAUGGGCUCCAACGAGUCAGUAGCACAUGUGAACUCCUCCGCCGCAAUGCGCGAGCACGUCAAGUCUGGGAAAUUGGACUUGACGUAUAUACCCUCGAAUAUGAGCACUGCCGGUCAAGAGAUGAUUUCUCGCUUCUUGACGAAUCUAUGGCUGUAUGAUACUGUGCUGCAGCCUGCGGAGAUGCUGCUUGUGUUUCAGACGGACUCGAUACUCUGUGCGAAUAAUAAACGCACUAUUGAUGAGUUUUUGGGGUAUGACUAUGUUGGAGCGCCGUGGGAUACAAGAGGAAGAUACGGUGGGAACGGCGGGCUGUCGAUUCGUCGGGUAAGCAGUAUCGUCAGCAUUCUGCAGAACCAACAGCGCGCCAAUAACAGCGAGCCAGAGGAUGUCUGGCUCUCUGCACGCCUGGGCCAUCAUGUCGACGGUCGAGUCGCAAAUGGCUCUGUAUCCCAGCUUUUCUCAGGCGAGAUGAACGGCGGCCCUGGGGAGAUAGUACCCCAGCCGGAAUGCGAGGGUGACUAUGAUGAUGAUGAGUGUGAGCAUGUGAACAUGAUGAAGCAGCUGGAGCAACCUGGACGACCGGGGCAGUGGGUGAAAGGGAUUGAUGAUUGGCGGGAUGGGUCCUAUGAGCCUAUGGGAUAUCAUAUUGGUGGAGCGGGGUGGAUGCAUGGGGCUAUCUGGGGGACGAAGCAGAGACGGGAGCAUAUCUACAAUUAUUGCCCUGAGGCGAAGAUGAUUCUGGAUAUGGAUUGGGCGCCGUUUGUGCCGGGGGAUUGUGCGCAAAAUUGGUAA